GUUACAACUUACAAGACUGCAAGCCUAAAAAGGAAGGAGAGGGACUGGAAAGCACAAUUUCUGCUCUUUCAUGGUCGCUUUCGUUACCAUUUUCGGUGCUUGUCUUUCUCUCUGUGCGUCUCGUUUUUCUCAGUUGUAUACAUUAUCUAUUCUCUUUGUUAUUACUCCUAAUAAUCCCACAUUAACAGCUUUCCUUGUCUCUCUCCUCUCGCACUGUUCCAGCCACAAAGAGACCUCAUUCUCCCUGUAGACUUUUUGGUAGAGCUGUUUGUCAGACAAUUAAAUGACUGGGAACUCCAACACAGGCAUCUUCUGGUUUAUCUUUCACCCAGCGCGUCUAUAACUAUCUAUUUCCGCAGCUGUUUAGUUACCAAAUUUCUUGCUUCAAUAUACUUUUCAACCAGCAAUUUUCCCCCGCCUCAUCUGAAAGAUUAUCCGCAAUUGGACAGCCUGGAAGUUACCAAAGACAAGAUUUUUUGCCUCUUCGGAGCUUGGUUUGCACAGGAGUGCAUAACACUAGAAUUACUUGAGGGCUCUGUGUGAUGGAAUCAUCAUCAUCAUCAGGAUCAACAAAGAGGGCUCGAGCAGAUAGGAAUGGAACCCAAAUCCCUUCAUGCUUGGUUGAUGGAUGUAAUUCAGACCUUAGUAAAUGCAGGGAUUAUCACCGACGUCAUAAAGUAUGCGAAAUCCACUCCAAGACUUCAAAGGUUACAGUCAGGGGUCAGGAACUACGGUUCUGCCAGCAGUGCAGCAGGUUCCAUUCCCUGGGGGAGUUUGAUGAGGGAAAGCGAAGCUGCAGGAAACGCCUCGAUGGACACAACCGACGACGUAGGAAGCCUAAACCAGAGUCCCUGUCCCUAAAUUCAGGAAGGCUCCCCUCCAGCUUCCAAGGCACCAGAAUCUUAACGUUCGGUGCUCCACAAAUAUUUCCACAAGCUCCUGUAGUGAGCUCUCAUUGGCUCGGGGCUGUCAAAGCUGAGACUGAUGCUGCUGUUCUUUACAAUGGCUAUCCACAGUUGAACUUUUGCGAUAGGAAAAGCUCAAUUCCGGAUUCUUUGUGCCACAAUUAUAAAGGAGGAAAGCAGCUUCCCUUUUCACAAGGCUCUAGCUCCUCAUUCCCUGGAGCAUCUGUCUACCAACUGCAUCCGGGUGCUAAUUUUGCAUCCAGCAACACUAGCAGCUGCCAGAAAGUGUUCCAUAAUGAAUUAAACCGAGUCGUUGACUCUGACUGUGCUCUCUCUCUUCUGUCAUCAUCAUCACCAGCUGAGACUCGGCAGGUUGGUUUGAGCCAAAUGGUGCAGUUCAACCCCAUUCCUUCGGCUCAGUCCUUGGUCCCCAGUCUGCACUAUAAUGGUUUAGGAAUGGAGGGUAAGACUGUUUCUUCUUCUUUGGUUGAUGACUGCAACAGCAAUGCAAACGUCAAUUGCCAGGGUAUGUUUUCAAUUGUGCCUGAUGGAUCAUCUGUAACCGGACCUCACCAGACACAUUGCUUCUUGUGGGAGUAGUAUAUUCCAUUUCUACCUCUCCUUUGCGAUCGCUGAAGUAGAGCUUUUAUUAGCCGGGUGAAUCAGACAUGAGAUAUCUACUAUGUUUCUGAAAUGUUAGCUUUUUAUGUUGUAAGAAUUGAUGGUCACUGAAAAAUAGGGGAUUAUAUAACGUUAUAUGUGCAUAUGUAUGCUGUUAGAAUUUAAUCACAAUAAUCUGACUAUUUUCAUAGCAAA